AUGUCUAUUAAUCAAGAGAUUUUAUUACAAAGAGAAAAUGAAUUUUUAAUGAUAAAAAUAAAAGAAGAAUUAGACGCAUGGAGAAAGAAUAACUAUGAAUCUUCCAAGCAUACAGUUAUUUCAAUUGUUAUUUCUUCACUUGCUCUUAUAUUUGGUGUUUUCCUUUUCAUUACCGAGAAAAGUAAUUUCGGCCAAGAAUUUAAGAAUAUUCUUUCUACAUCUGUAAUUGGAGCAGGAGGGUCGUUGACUCUUAUUGGGAGCUUGGCAAGUCUUAAAAAUCUUUUUAAAAAAGUUAAUGAAAAUGCGGAAGAGUUUAAAAUUACUAUGGAAACUUUUAAAGGUUUAUAUCAAAAUGCUGAUACUAAACAAGAAAGUCCUAUUAUCGAAGUUCUUGUAGGAUUAGAAGAGUACUAUAAAGAUCAAAAAAAAAUAUAUAAGUUUUUAGAAGAAUUAAAUAGUCAUAUGCAAGAUAUGUUGAUUUGUCGCAGCAUAACUGUUACUAUUACAUCAUUAAUUUUUCUCAUGUUAGCAAUAAUUUCUAUUUUUUAUUUAUUUAUCAAUUGUGAUGAUUAUAUAUUUGUAAUAAUUGACAUUUUACUCAUAUCCUUUUCAUCACUUUUUUUAUAUAAUUCUAUUUGUGUUAUGAUUUGUAUUCAACUAAUUAUUCCAAACGUGACGGAAGGAAUGUUUUCAAAAAGGAGAGAGAAAGAAAAAAUGAGGAAAGAAGAAAAGGAGAAAGAAGAAAAGAUCAAAGAAGAGAUAUCUGAAAAUUCGACAGAAUUUAAGGUGGAAGAAGGAUUAGAAAAGGAUAAUUUAGAAAAUGAAAAACCCAAAUUUGAGGAAUAUAAAUCAAAA